AUGCCCUGCCGCAUUCCCGCCAAAUCCACCUCCCACCCACACCACUUCCCUCUAUGUGCUGUUUUAGUAGACGUCACGGGGACGCUCUCCGCCUCGUCGAUUUCUUCAAGCGACAAGCAACAGCGUGUGGUUACCAGCAUGGAGAGGAAGCAGCAGGUGCUGGGGUUCGCCCAGAGGAAGCCAGUGGGGGAGCGGCAGGGUGGCAAGCAUGGCAUUGCGAGCAGCAAGCAGACAGACUGGAAGGCCGCGGAGGAGCCUGGCAGGGAGGUGCAGAACGAGGUCAUCGUCACACCAACCCACGAACAGGCAGAGCAGGCAGAGCGUGCUCUGCAGCUGUUUGACAUGGACAUGGCGUUUGGCCCCUGCACUGGCCUCUCCCGCAUGGAGCGUUGGCAGCGCGCUAACCGGUUGGGGCUCAACCCCCCGCCCCACGUGCGAGCGCUGCUGGAAUCUGCCUCGUGUCGUGAAGACAGCGUCUGGGAGGGCAGGGUGUGA